AUGCCCGCAAUGACUGAAGACGAUAUUCGGCAAUCCCCCCUGUGGAACCACAUGACCAAGAUUCUCACCCGGGUAGUUUCGGAACGCCCCUCAGACCCGCUUGAGGUACUGAACCCGAUCUCAAACUACGUCCUCACCGGCAGCACAGUCCCGCCUAAAAAACAUACCGGGGUAUAUGUGGCAGAGCACACCAUGUCGAAGGCCGACGUUCCAAAGGAUAUCCUCAGCAACACCUGUUGGGCUGCACACUUCACACAGGCUCUGGCCCCGCCUAAGCCACCGCGACGCGUGUUCGACGGCGAGAACGACGAGGAGGGCAACUCGGAACAGGCUAUGGAUGACGGCAGGUACGCCCCGGAGGUGGAUAUCGACGAGAGCGCCGGGUCUGGCACGCUGAGCGACGUGGUCACGGAGCAGCGCGUCUUUAACGCGCUCGGCACUGGCAUUCCCCCCGAGGCGGCCUACCACGUCAUGAUCGGUCUCAAGAAGCUCAUGAAGUCCGAGCCGUUGUCCAGUGUGCGGCUCUGGGGCAAAAUACUGGGCAGGAAAAGUGACUACUACAUCGCGGAGACCGAGCUGGACCCGGCCUACGUAACCCUCGACGGCGAAGACGACGAGGACAUGGAUAACGACGGCGAUGGCGAAGAUUUGCCUAUAGAGCAUGUGAACGACGUGUUCUCCGUACACAUUCUAAAGCGACACCACGCCACACCAAAGGAAAAGAGCGGAACUGACCUUAACAAGUAUGUCUACUACGCCGCAAGCACGGCGGACCCGAUGGUGUGGAGUCGCCUGCCGGACGUCGAGCCACAGCACAUUACUGUGGCGCGGCUCAUUUGUAGGGAAUUCACAGGGAACUUGGAGGCCCCUGUGCGCAGCCACCCUCGCUUCUUAGGGCUUGAAAAGCACUACCUGCGCGCUCAAAUCGCCCGCAUCACGUGUGCCUGCCGUAUCGCCCCGAGAGAUAUGUUCACCACUCAAGGGGCCGUGCCCGACAUGGAUGAAGAUGAAGACGGCAAUCCCCUGCCGCCGCCUGAGAUGGUGCCAGCGUACGCGGAGGUCCCACCGCUGAUCCCACAGAAAGCUCCCGAUGAGGAUGACACUGACGAGAUCCAAGCCGUUCGCGCCUGGUACGAAGGGUUCAGGUACGGGGAGCUCCUCCAGGGCAAGCACUGGGUCCACAUUGCCCCAACCUUGCUAAAAUGCGGGCGUGCCACGAUCCCCCCGCAGCAGUCUCACGAAGCGGAAGACAACUUCGGCGACGCUGUCGAGGCUUCCCAUCAGGAGGUCGAGUCCAUCCGUCCCUUCCUUUCCGACCUCAGCAAGGAUGAGCCGAUGACGCUGCCGGGGCACAGCCGCAGCCAGCUCGCCUCCUGGACCUUCUCUCAGGGCUAUCACAACGAAAGCGACGAUACCAAGUUAUACCUCGCCCGUUCCAUGCGCUGGCCUGGGGCUGUGUGCUACGCCAUGACCACAGGGAAACCGGGCGCGGUGUACCAGUCCCUAUACGUAGGCAACGGACUCAAAGAUUUACAGGCGGUCGAUUACGCCCCAAAACUCCCACCCCGUCGCAUGGUGGAGUUCCCCGAGGAAGGCCUGGUCCUACAGCGGGACUGCACCCCACAGGAGGAGCAGGAGUACACACCCUUGCCAACCUCUAACGGCGUCAUGUAUACAGACAACGAGGACGAGGAGGAAGAUCAAUAA